UUAUAUAAAUUGAAUAGCUCAUGUGUUUACCUGUCAUUUCUGUACAUACUGCAGUACUGAUAUAACCGUUUAAGGUAGAUCAUUUUUCUAAUGACAUGACGACAAAGGGCUAUUAUUUCUGUGAACUUGGAUUUACUCUUGGUGGAUGCAGGAAAUAGGCCUGUCCUCUUCACUAUGAAACAACUUCCUAAACAGAAAAAGUGUUUGCUAGGCUUUCCAGAUUAGUGUACGUGUCUGCCUUAGUCAAAAAUUAUAAAUUGACAGCUAAGCAACAGCAAUGAAAUUUCAACGCAACACGGAAGCCAUACUGCUUUCAGUAUUACUGUUAUAUUACAUAGCAGUGGCUUCUGGUUUCGAAUGUCCACCGGAAGCCAAACAAUUGUACUACAAGGUCGGUGAAAACAAAGAGUGCAUGAAAUGUUCACCUGGAUAUUAUUGGCUCCACCACUGCAUUUUUAACUUGACUAACGCAGUCUGCACGCCAUGUCCGAAAGGCUCAUAUUCUCCAUGCAACAAUAUUGCCCUUGCAUGUGAACGCUGCGACACCCAUUGUCCAGGGUUUAGCAAUCAAGAUGCGUAUAAAGACAGGGAAUAUAUCAGUGAAGCAUGCACUGCCAUCUCCAACAUAAAAUGUUCUUGUAGACAAUCAUAUUACAAAGAAUCCGGGGAAGAUGGGAUGUGUACGGAAAAACAACCAUGCCCUCCUGGGAGUGGAGUGCUUCGACAAGCAACAGACAAGUCUCAGACUCAAUGCCACGUAUGCUCGGUCGGCAAAACGUUCUCAAAUAUCACAUCACUCAGUGAACCAUGUCAGAACUGUACCGUCUGUGCCCCGGAAGAACACAUGCUUCAGGACUGUACCUUGUCGAGAGAUCGAGUUUGUGGACAGGCAUCAACAACAGUUUCAGUUGAUGCAAAUUCGCCAAAAGGCGACUCUACAGUAACGAUCGUGGCCAUAUUAGCUACUUCUGCUAUUGUCAUAGUAGCCAUUAUCGUUGGUAUCCUAAGAACAAAAUGCGGAAGUGGCUCAUGGAGAAGAUGCUUCGGUCAUAGUCAGGCAUUGCUUCGAAUGAGAUACACAAAUAUUGGUUGUAGAUGGCCAUCCAGGCGACCGACCAACAAGGAGUUAGGAACGAUUGCCGAUUGUUUCACUGGAGACUAUCAGAUACUUGCUACACAGCUGGAGGUUUCGCCGGAAAGGGUUUACCGGAUACAGCGAGAUCAUAACCAAGACAUUCAUUCACAAGUGUUUGCCGUACUUUUGGACUGGGCCAAUGCCACGGCAGCUCCUACUUUGGCAGAUUUAGAGACUGAAAUGCGGAACGUGGAGUCGCUGAAAUUCAAUUGGGUAAAUGCCAAUAAAAAGUUGAACGUCGAACAAUACGACAUUAGUAACGCUCAGUUAUAAACAAGCAACUUACCUAACAUGUCACAAAAAGAGAAACAUUUAUAAAACAAAUCUUCAUUCAUAUUGAAUAGAAAAAAAAUAUACAGGAGAAAUAAAUUAUUGUAUUGACAGUAAAAUGCUGGAAUUUGUCGAGGAUGUGAGAUUUUAAAAAUGUUAAUAAAAUGAGGGCACUUAAGAAUUUAAACUAUAUCGCUCACCCGAGCACCCUAAUAAAGUAUGUUUAUUUCUUCGUUUGUUUCUUGGGGAACUUCUUAGAGGAAGCGUAUCAAAUAAUUAUGUAUUGACGUACAUGGACCGCUCUUAGCACGUUAGCACGCUGUGUAUAACCUAAAAUAUUUAUAAUUUUGUAUUAUGUGUACAUCCCGAGGUAUAUAACAGUGUGAUGUCGUAUGUAUAUUCACUUGCAUUAUAGUUCAGUGUUACUUUGUCGGGCAUUUGAUGAGCAUUAAUUGGAGAUGAAUCGUAAGACAAUUGCUAUACCUUAUUGUGAUAAAUCUUGACAUUGUUGUUGUGCAGAUGUCUUUGUGGUGCCUUUGUGGUAUUUCUUUGUUAAAUUGAGUUACAGUUGAUCUGUAUUUGUGGUGCCUUGAAUGUAUUCCUGAGUUCAGUAAAUGUGAUCUAGCUCCGUUUAUUCUUUAUUAGCAAUGGACACGGUCCGGAAUUAUGCAGACAUGACAUGUUAACACUAUAACAAAUACUGGCACAAUGAUUUGUAGGCAUGCCAUUUAUACAUGUAAAAUUGCAAUCCUAUAAUCGUGUGGAUAUUCAUUUUUGCUUUCUUCUAUGUAUUACUUUGUAGUACCUUGUAUAUGUAGCGUGUGCGGAGUGUAGCGAGCGGCUGUACACAAUUCUAUCAAAAUUGUGGCAGAACUCUUUUAUAAAUAUCAUAAGAUCGAUAACUAUGAUCGAAUUUUUUUUAAAUGAAUUAUAAACUUAAACUUAAAAAAUAUACUGCUAUGAAAUGAU